UGUAGGAGGAGGUGGAGGAGGUGGCGGAGCCAUUUUGUACUCAUUUCAAACUCCGUGUGGGUUCACGCAGCCGGUGCGCACCGUGGAUACACUGGGAUGAUGGAUACCUGCCACCUUUCCCGCAUGAAAACUUCACCAUGAGGGUCAAAAGUAAGACGCGGUGUUGGGAGAGGGACAGCUGAUCCUUGAGCUAGGGGAUUCCUGUGGAGUUGGCCGGGAUUGGGCAGGUAAUUCAGCAUGGAGCUGUCGAUGUGUUGCGUCUGGGUCUGUGCCCUGCUGACGGUGCCGCUUGUGGGAUGUUUGGAGAUGCACCUUUCGGAGACUUUACAGCCCGGGAAUCUUUUAGCCAACCUGUCGCUCGGCUCUGGGUGGACUUAUAGCCUCGACAGGACAUUAUCUCCCAAAUUUAUCCAGAACAUUUUUCACGUUGAGUGGAACAGUGGGCUGAUCCGUUUGUCCCAUAAAGUUCUGUGCGCGCACACGCCAAGGAACCCGGCGCCUGUUUAUUUCAGAGCCGGUUCCUCCACGUCCGGAGACGUUAUUCUCACGCAUUUUAACGUGUUUGUGCACGGGCAAGACUGUUUUAUUAAAUACAAGAGAAAGAAGACGGCAAGUAAGCCUGACAUUCACAUAAAACACUUUUUAAAACUGAAGGCAACUUCCUGUUUGCACGCAGGUGAAUGGUUAGUGAAUGUAACAGAACUUCUGCCAACUUUCACUCGGAGUAUUAUCCCCUUGAACGCGAAAUGUGUUGGAGAGGAGGACUUUGUUGCUGUGUUUAGACGUGGGGAUAUGAUCCUUGUCAAUGACUUGUGUCUUGAGCACAGAGAAAAUUUGCACUGCGCUUUGCCCAGCUCUCCAGGCGGCAGCGUCUCUGUGCAGCUGAGUCUGAUGCUUCAGCAUGGUUCAGUAUCAGAAACAGCCCACAGAAAGUCAAAUCAACUGAUGCACAGGAGGAAGCGACAAGUAAACACCACUCCGCAGUUCCAGCUCCCCAACUAUCAGGUGUCUGUUCCAGAGAAUGAGCCUCCAGGUACACAGGUCAUCACCCUGAAAGCAGUAGACCUGGAUGAUGGAGAGGCGGGGAGGCUGGAGUACAGCAUGGAGGCUUUAUUUGACAAGAGAUCUGACAACUUUUUUCAAAUUGAUGCCAAGACAGGGGGCAUAACAACCAUCCAGGCACUUGACAGAGAAGUGAAAGACACCCAUGUUUUUAAAGUUACUGCAUCUGACAACGGGACCCCCAAAAGGGCUGCCACAUCUUACCUCACAGUUACGGUGAGUGACAAAAAUGACCACAUUCCUGCUUUUGAGCAAAACGAUUACAGAGUUAAAAUCAGGGAGAAUGUGGAAGUUGGCUUUGAAGUGAUGACAAUCCGUGCCACUGAUGGUGAUGCCCCUUCCAACGCCAACAUGAUUUAUAAAAUUGUGAAUGAAGACGCCAUCAACUCUGUGUUUGAGAUUGAUCCCCGGACUGGUCUAGUGAGGAUCAGGGAGCGGCCCGACAGGGAGACCCAGGCCCAGUACAAACUGAUAGUUGAGGCCAAUGAUCAGGGCAAAGACCCUCAUCCUCUGACUGCCACUGCUACUGUUCACAUCACUGUGGAGGAUGAAAAUGACAACUAUCCACAGUUCAGCGAGAAGAGGUAUGUUGUACAGGUCAAAGAGAACGUGGCAGUCGACACAGAAAUCAUCCGGGUGGAGGCAACAGAUAAAGAUGAGGGAAACAAUGCCAAAGUUCACUACAGUAUCAUCAGUGGCAACAUCAAAGGACAAUUCUACAUCAACUCCCCCACUGGUGUGAUUAACGUCAUCAACCCUUUGGACUAUGAGAUGAUUCGUGAGUAUAAUCUACGGAUUAAAGCACAAGAUGGUGGCAGGCCUCCACUGAUAAAUGGCACAGGGAUGGUUGUGGUGCAGGUGGUUGACGUAAAUGACAAUGCACCCAUGUUUGUCAGCACACCUUUCCAGGCUACAGUGUUGGAAAAUAUGCCGAUUGGUUAUUCUGUUAUCCACAUUCAAGCAAUAGAUAGUGACUCAGGAGAAAAUGCUCGCCUAGACUACCGGCUCACUGACACCAUGCCUGGUUUUCCAUUCACCAUCAACAACAGCACCGGCUGGAUCACUGUGAGUGAAGAACUGGACAGGGAGACUAAAGAGUUCUACACCUUUGGUGUGGAGGCAAGAGAUCAUGGGAUACCUGUAAUGUCCUCCUCAGCCAGUGUCAGCAUUACCGUGUUGGAUGUAAAUGACAAUGUGCCCACAUUUACAGAGAAGACCUACUCGCUGAAGAUCAAUGAAGAUGCAUUGGUGGGGACCAGUGUGCUGUCUGUGACAGCCAUAGAUAGGGACAUUAACAGCGUGGUGACAUAUCAAAUCUCCAGCGGUAACACCAGAAACCGUUUUGCCAUCACCAGCCAGAGCGGCGGCGGCCUCAUCACCUUGGCACUCCCCUUAGACUACAAACAGGAGCGACAGUUCGUUCUAACAGUUACAGCCAGUGAUGGAACACGCUCUGACACAGCUCAGGUGUUCAUCAAUGUCACAGAUGCUAACACACAUCGCCCGGUCUUUCAAAGUGCCAACUACCAGGUCACGCUCAGUGAAGAAAAUCCUGUGGGCUCUCCUGUGGUGGUGAUCAGUGCAACAGAUGAGGAUACAGGGGAGAAUGCUCGCAUCACGUACAUCAUGGAGGACAAUGUUCCUCAGUUUAAAAUAGACCCAGAUACAGGUGUCAUCACUACUCAAAUGGAAAUUGACUAUGAAGACCAGGCCUCUUAUACUUUAGCCAUCAUUGCCAGAGACAAUGGCAUCCCUCAGAAAUCUGAUACCACAUAUGUGGAGAUUAUCAUCCUGGAUGCUAAUGAUAAUGCUCCUCAAUUCUUCAGAGAUAUUUACAAGGGGAAUGUAUUGGAAGAUGCACCUACGUACACCAGCGUACUCCAGAUCUCUGCUUCAGACAGAGAUUCAGGCCCCAAUGGCAGAGUGAGCUACACCUUCAAAGGUGGAAAUGAUGGAGAUGGGGAUUUUAUGAUUGAACCGUACUCUGGUAUCAUCAGAACUAAUCGCAAAUUGGAUCGUGAGAAUAUUGCUGAGUACAAUCUCAAGGCUUUUGCUGUGGAUAGAGGGGUUCCUCCUCUGAAAGCAGAAGUUUCUAUCCACAUUACUGUUCAAGACAUAAAUGAUAAUGCUCCAGUGUUUGACAAGGAUGAGUUUUCUAUUGAUGUGGAAGAGAACAGCGAGGUGGGAUCUGUUGUAGCCCACAUCGUUGCUACUGACCCGGAUGAGGGCACCAAUGCUCAAAUCAUGUAUCAAAUUGUUGAAGGUAAUAAUCCCGAGGUUUUCCAGCUGGACAUCUUUAAUGGAGAACUCACUGCGCUCACAGACUUGGAUUAUGAGACUAAGACAGAGUACGUCAUAGUGGUCCAGGCCACAUCAGCACCGUUGGUGAGCCGGGCCACCGUGCGCAUCAGGUUAAUUGAUAUGAAUGACAAUGAACCAGUACUGAAGGACUUUGAGAUUAUCUUUAACAACUACGUCACCAACAAGUCCAACAGUUUUCCUACAGGAAUUAUUGGGAAGGUACCAGCUCGUGACCCGGAUGUUUCGGAUAAACUAAAGUACAAGUUUGAGUCGGGGAAUGAGCUCAGUGUGCUGCUGUUGAAUGAAGACACUGGGGAUCUGAGAUUAAGCAGGGACCUCGACAACGACAGGCCUCUGGAAGCCCCCAUGACCAUAUCAGUCACAGAUGGUAUCCAUCGUGUUGUCGCCCUCUGCAUGCUUCGUGUAACCAUCAUCACUGACGACAUGUUGACCAACAGCAUCACUGUACGUCUGGAGAACAUGUCCCAGGAGCGCUUCCUCUCCCCCCUGCUCAGCCUCUUUCUCGAAGGCGUGGCGGCAGUGCUGUCCACCAAGCGAGAAGCAGUGUUUGUGUUCAACAUCCAGAACGACACCGAUGUGCAAGGCUCAAUCCUUAAUGUGACUUUUUCAGCACUGCAGCCUGGAGGUGCUGCAAACAAAGGAACAUUUUUCCCUUCAGAGGAGCUGCAGGAGCAGAUCUACCUGAACAGGACGCUGCUCCGGCUGAUAUCCUCUCAGGAGGUAUUACCUUUUGAUGAUAACAUCUGCUUACGGGAGCCCUGUGAGAACUACAUGAAGUGUGUGUCAGUGCUAAAGUUUGACAGUUCGCCUCCCUUCAUUGCCUCUGACACGGUUCUGUUUCGGCCUAUCCACCCCAUCAACGGGCUCCGGUGCCGCUGUCCGCUGGGUUUUACCGGUACCUACUGUGAGACAGAAAUCGACCUUUGCUACUCGGGGCCUUGCAAGAACAACGGGAGGUGCCGGAGCCGAGAGGGGGGAUACACCUGUGAGUGCCUAGAGGAAUUUACAGGUGACCACUGUGAGCUGAGCGCAUCUUCGGACCAUUGUGUGCCUGGUGUGUGUAAGAAUGGUGGGAAGUGCGUCAACCGUCUUGCAGGUGGCUUUAUGUGCCAGUGUCCACCAGGGGAGUACGAGAAGCCCUACUGUGAGAUGACCACUCGUAGCUUCCCUGGACAUUCCUUUGUUACCUUCAGAGGCCUGCGGCAGAGGUUCCACUUCACCGUUUCCUUCAUGUUUGCUACCAGGGAAAGAAACGCUCUGCUUCUCUAUAAUGGAAGGUUUAACGAGAAACACGACUUCAUCGCCCUGGAGAUCGCCAACGAGCAAAUUCAGCUCACCUUCUCUGGAGGUGAGACGAAGACCACGGUGUCUCCCUACGUCUCAGGUGGUGUCAGCGAUGGCCAGUGGCACUCUGUUCAGCUCCAUUACUACAACAAGGAAGGGGGGAGUCUGGUGGACUCUAGUGGGGGUCUGCGUGUCCCGCUUUAUACAGCCUGGCUGGAGCUCGAUCAGAAAGAGCCCAACAUUGGGCAUCUAGGCGUCCCUCGUGGACCCUCAGCAGAAAAGGUGGCAGUGGUUGUCGUGGAUGACUGUGACAUCUCCAUGGCGAUUCGCUUCGGAAAGCAGAUUGGCAACUACUCGUGUGCUGCGCAGGGCACCCAGACAGGACAGAAAAAAUCACUGGAUUUGACAGGACCGUUGCUGCUUGGAGGAGUUCCCAAUCUUCCCGAGGACUUCCCGGUCAGGAACAGGAACUUCGUGGGCUGCAUGAGAAACUUCACCAUCGACAGCAAGGCCGUUGACAUGGCUAGCUACAUCGCUAACAACGGCACCACUCCGGGCUGUCCUGCUAAGAAAAACUUUUGCACAAAUGGCGUGUGCCUGAACGGAGGAGUGUGUGUCAGCAAGUGGAACACCUACAGCUGUGACUGUCCUACAGGUUACGGCGGGAAAAACUGUGAACAAGAAAUGCCAUCUCCUCAGUUUUUUGACGGCCAGGCUCUGGUGUCCUGGAGUGAUCCGGACAUCACCGUCACUGUGCCCUGGUACCUGGGCCUCAUGUUCCGCACUAGGCAGCCUGCUGGGACCCUCAUGCAGGUCAACGCUGGACCUUCCUCCACCAUCAACCUCAUGGUGAGAGAGGAACAGGUCCGGAUGGAUGUUUUGCUCAGACAGCAGCUGCUGGCAUCGCUGAGCUUCCCACAAGUUCGUGUCAAUGACGGCGAGUGGCACCACAUGCUGGUAGAAGUCAGAAGCAUCAAAGACGGGAAAGACAUCAAAUACAUGGCCGUCGUAUCACUGGAUUAUGGGAUGUUCACGAAGUCCGUAGAGAUUGGCAACAACCUGCCGGGCCUGAAGCUGCAGACUCUUCAUGUUGGAGGGCUGCCCGGAGAGGGAAACCUUGUCAACAAGGGAUUUGUUGGCUGCAUACAGGGUGUGCGCAUGGGUGAGACUUCCACCAACGUGGCCAACGUGAACAUGGCUCAGGGUUUGAAGAUCCACGUGGAGGACGGAUGUGACCUGGCCGACCCCUGUGACUCCAACAUCUGUCCUGAGAACAGCCACUGCAGCGACGACUGGAGCACACACACUUGCAUCUGCGACCCUGGUUUCUUUGGUAAGGAGUGCACGGACGCUUGUCAGCUUAAUCCUUGUGAGCACGUUUCCACGUGCGUGCGCAAACCCAGCUCCUCCCACGGAUACACCUGUGAAUGUGAACAGAACUACUACGGACAGUACUGUGAAAACAAAGUGGAGAAGCCAUGUCCUCAGGGUUUGUGGGGCAGCCCGGUGUGUGGACCAUGUAACUGUGAUACAAGUAAAGGAUUCCACAAAGACUGCAACAAAACCACCGGAGAGUGUCUCUGCAAGGACAACCACUAUCGUCCAGAGGGCGAGAACACCUGUCACCCCUGUGGCUGUUACAACAUUGGUUCUCUGUCUCGAGCCUGUGACCCCAUCACUGGGCAGUGCCUCUGCAAGGGAGGAGUCAUCGGGCGCCAGUGUAACCGAUGUGAUAACCCAUAUGCUGAAAUAACACCCGCCGGUUGUGAAGUGGUGUAUGACGGCUGUCCCAAGGCAUUUGAUGCUGGAAUCUGGUGGCCCAAGACCAAAUUUGGACUUCCUGCUGCCAGGGACUGUCCUGAAGGAUCAAUUGGUACAGCAAUUCGGCAUUGUAGUGACGAGAAGGGUUGGUUGUCACCAGAGCUUUUCAACUGCACCACCGCCACCUUCUCCCACCUGAAGAAACUGAAUGAAGAUCUGCAUCGAAACAGUUCACGAAUGAGCAGCGAACACUCCAAGGCCAUUGUGCGUUUGCUUCACAGUGUCACAAAUAACAAUCCUCAUUUCUACGGCAACGACGUAAAGACGGCGGCCCAGCUGCUGAAUUAUGUUCUGAAGUACGAAAGCCAGCAGUCCGGCUUCAACCUCAGCGCCAUGAAGGAUGCAGAGUUCAAUGAGAAUCUGGUGCGAGCUGGUAGCGCCAUACUGGAUCCUGACACCAAGGAGCACUGGGAUCAAAUCCAGAGGUCGGAGGGUGGCACCGCUAACCUGCUGCGCUACUUUGAGAACUAUGCCAAUACUUUGGCUCAAAACGUCAGGAAGACCUACCUGAGACCGUUCACCAUUGUCACAGAGAACAUGAUACUAACUGUGGACUACUUGGACGUAUCAAACCCUGAGAAGGCAACAUUACCUCGGUUUCAGGACAUCCAGGAGACCUACCCCAAAGAGCUUGGCUCCUCCAUCCACUUCCCAGUAUUUAACUUGCAGACACAUGUCCUAAAAGAAACCACUCCCUUCCCUCCGACCCAAACUAAUCCCCCCAUGGAGGAGGAGCACACAGUGUCUGACAGAAAACGGCGCCACCUGGAGCCAGCGCCCCCCCUGCCCGUUGCCGUGGUUAUCGUGUACAAAUCUCUGGGUCAGCUCCUUCCAGAGAGAUAUGACCCCGACCGCAGGAGUCUGAGGCUCCCGAACCGUCCUGUGAUUAACACAGCUAUAGUUAGCGCCACAGUUCACAGCGAAGGACCUCCACUUCCGCCUCUCCUUGACCCCCCCAUCACCCUGGAGUACACCCUACUGGAGACAGAGGAGCGGACCAAACCAGUGUGUGUGUUCUGGGACCACACAAUCACGAGCGGGGGUGUAGGCGGCUGGUCAUCUAAAGGCUGCGAGGUGCUCAACAGGAACAACAGCCACAUCAGCUGCCAGUGUAACCACAUUACCAGCUUUGCUGUGCUGAUGGACAUCUCCAAGAGAGAGCACGGGGACGUCCUCCCACUCAAGAUCAUCACCUACACCACGGUGUCUGUCUCCCUGUUCUUCCUCCUCCUCGCCUUCAUCCUCCUCUGUCUCCUUCACCGGCUCCGCUCCAACCUGCACGCCAUCCACAAAAACCUGGUGGCCACACUCUUCUUCUCUGAGCUCGUCUUCCUGCUUGGCAUCAAUCAGACCGACAACAUGUUUGUGUGUACCGUUAUAGCCAUCCUCCUUCAUUACUUCUACAUGUGCACCUUUGCCUGGAUGUUCGUUGAGGGGCUGCACAUCUACCGCAUGUUGACGGAGCAGCGCAACAUCAACCACGGCCACAUGAGGUUCUACUACGCCAUAGGCUGGGGCAUACCAGCUAUCAUCACUGGUUUGGCAGUAGGCCUCGACCCUCAGGGUUAUGGGAACCCGGAUUUCUGCUGGCUUUCAAUCCAUGACACUCUCAUCUGGAGCUUUGCAGGACCCAUCUUUGUAGUUGUCCUGGUGAACAUAGUGAUCUUUAUUCUGGCGGCGAAGGCUUCCUGUGGCCGCAAGCAGAAGGCCGUGGAGAAGUCCGGAGCUAUCCUGGCUCUACGCCUGGCCUUCCUCCUCCUACUGCUUAUCAGCGCCACCUGGCUGCUUGGUUUGUGGGCGGUCAACAGUAACGUCCUAAUUUUCCACUAUCUGUUUGCGAUCUUCAGCUGCUUGCAGGGAGUCUUUAUCUUCUUCUUCUAUGUGAUCUUUAACAAUGAGGUGAGGAAAAACCUCAAGAACGUCUUCACAGGAAAGAAGGUUGUACAGGACAGCUCCAGCACCACAAGGGCCUCUUUACUCACCCGCUCUCUGAACUGCAACAAUAUGUACUCAGACGAUCGGCCUAUGUAUCGAGCAGCAUUUGGAGAGUCGAACAUCUCCCUGGACAGUACACUCAGGUCAGGCAAGAGCCGCAGCAGCUACCUGGCUCACACACUCAGGGACGAGUCCGGUCAGAAGCCCAGCGUGUCUUCAGGAACAGCUAAAGGACACACUGACCUGGAUGGACCGCUGUUCCACAGAAGUGGCACCAAAGAAGAUGACUCUGACUCAGAUAGCGACGUGUCUAUGGAUGAGCACAGCUCCUCCUACGCCUCCUCCCACUCCUCAGACAGCGAGGACGACGACAUGGACAUAAAGCCCAAAUGGAACAAUGAGAGACCCAUUCACAGCACCCCUAAAGGUGAUUCGAUAUCCAAUCACAAGAAGCCUUACUGGCCAGUAGAUGCCACCACAGCCAGUGACAGCGAGGAUCUAAGUGGGAUGGAGAGGCUCAGGGUGGAGACCAAGGUGAAUGUUGAGCUGCACCCAGAAAAUAAACUGAACCACAUUAGUGAAAGAGAGGAGGAAGCUCAGGACAGACAGACACCUGGUGACUCUAAAGACACGGCGCCCCCUAGUCAACCCAACAGCAACCACCAACCAGAGCAGAGGAAAGGUAUCCUAAAGAACAAGAUCAGCUUCCCUCCACCGCUAAAUGACAAGAACAUGAAGAACCGUCUGAGGGAGAAGCUGAGCGACUAUAACUCCCAGACAAUCACCUCCCCUCCACCCAUCAAUAACAACACCUCCCCCCUGCCUCCCCCCUCAGUCAACAUCAUGACCCCUACGUCUCGACCGUCAUCCCAGGCCUCCACAGAGGGAGGCGGUCGCCCCAGCAACCACGACAACAGCUCAAAGGUGAGGCCACCUAUUGCUCCACGGCCGCUGAUUCCUGCUGCGGCACCAUCCACUGGCAUCCACCGGGAGACCAACGGAGGCGUGGCCAUGCACUUGAAGUCAGGGACGAUGAAUGGAGGAAACGAGUCUGACUCAGAUGGCAGUAACGAGACUUCAAUCUGACCUGUUAGGAAAACGCUGACCAGCCCGCCCUUAUGAGAGGACGAAUCCCCGCUGGAGCAGAAGAGAGCAAUACAGAACGUUAGGUAAACAGGAGGAAAGGAAUUCUCUUGUGUUUCCUCUCUCUGGAGAGCAGUAUUAACGGCAGCCUUUAGGAGUGCCAUGGACGAGAAAACAAGCGGAGAUGAUGGAAAAAGAUGUGAGAUAAUAAAGGGAGUGCUCUGUCAGACUGUACCAGAAACUGAGUCUGGAGCCACGAGUGCCAAAACCAGUGAAAGGAAGGGUUGGACAAAGGCCCGGAAUAGGAAGAAUGUUCCUCUCCUGAGGUUAUCCAGCACCUGUAGGAGCUCUUCAUGCUGUAUUUCAAGAUUUAAAAGCAUGAACAAUACUUUUGGGCAGCUUCUUUCUUACAGAGCAAGGAAGAGAAGUAAACACAAGCUGGUACAGUUGCUUUUGUAGUCCAAAAGGAUUUCAAGAACUACAACUCCCACAAGCAUCGACCUGUGGUUAGUGACUUCUGGACCUUGUGACACAAACGCUGGACGAUUUCCAACACCAAGUGCUCUUUUCCACAGCCUCUCGGUGUCGUGCAUUCACAGUGUAAUUAUUCUGUACAUAGUUUUAAGCUGAAGAAGAAAUUGUCUGUUUUUGUAUUUCAAAUGAAAGAACAAUUUUGUAAAAUAAAUAAAAAAUAAGGACCCUCAUGCUGGGAAUACCGCUCUAAAAAAAUCCUUUUUAACUGCUGGUUUAUUAGGGAAUAAAAUCUGUGUGCCUUCAUUCUGAUAGAUUGUUGUAGACUUUAACAUUCUUGAAAUAUUUUCUGGUAAAAGAGAAAUCAGAAGGGCUGAAAUGAGCUUUAACGAAAGAGCACUACGAACCUGAAGCCUUGUUUUCCAGUGUGUGUGUGUGUGUGUGUGUGUGUGUGUGUGUGUGUGUGUGUGUGUGUGUGUGUGUGUGUGUGUGUGUGUGUGUGUGUGUGUGUGUGUGUGUGUGUGUGUGUGUGUGUCCAAACAUACACCCUUCUGGUUGCUAUUAUUCAAGUUCAUUUUAUUUAAAUGUGUUUAAAACAUGCAGAUUUUUGUUAUCUUCAAAGUGAAGUCCACCAUUUAGAACUUUUUCUUAUUCAAAGUCCCAGAUCACAGUGGCUCCACCUGUCAUGUAUUAUGCAGCUAAACUCUGGUUUACCAAGAUAAAUGCCUUUUAAACUGGUUACAACCAGUGUUUGACCUCCAUGUAAAUGUUUUUGUAUGAUCCAAGACACUGGAAAUGUUUUUUAAGAUAAUGUAUAUUUAUUUUUUAUGUUCAAAGACACUGGAAUGAAAAAAAUGAUUGUGAUUGUAAAAUAAAAAAGGCCCUUAUGAAUUUUUAA